UCAUUCCCACGUACUCUUACUCAUACUCGUACAUGUUCGAUCCCAUUGCAAAAUCUCUGCUAUCCUUGUAAAUUCGACAACUCAUUCACACUUUCACCUGGGUCGUUUUAUCUUUCAUCCAUCGGGUUAUUGGCCACCGCCUGUUUGAUCAUUGCCUUCUUUGAAGUGCUAUUACUACAAGAAGUCAAUCCGGAGCUUAGACAAAAAGGGUUGAGUCAUAGGAGCACAUUUAGGGAAUUCAAUCAUUUGGAACUAGAGGAGUGUUUCUUAUAUGGCUGAAUCUAUUCAUGAAGAUUCGUGCUAUGAAGGCUCAUGCCAUAAUCAGGGUGUGCUGCAUGUUCCCUAAAAAACCCGAAAUGCAUCUUUGAAAGAUUUUUUGUUACACGGGAGUUUAGACAUAUGCAGGCCGAAACCCGCGAAGGAUGGGAUAGUCCCGGGAAGCCACUCACCGGGGGCAACGGAAUCACUCAACGUUGCUAAUCGCGGAAGACACUCACGCGACCAAGUCACACACUUGAUUGUCGGAGGAAUCACUCACUCUCAAGCAAGAAAUACUUCCAUAAUAUUUUCAUAAACUCAAACUCUGAUUUUCAUUUCAUUAGAACUCGUAUAAAUAGGCAUCACACAAGAUGACUCAACAAGACUCAAUAAAGACUAGACAAUUUCCUAGACAGACCUUUCAAAUACCUAGACAACUAUUAACCAAAGACACAACUUACUAGAUAGUUAAGACACAUAUUCUUAGACCAAAAAUUUAAAGACAUUGACUAGAAACUAAAAGACACGUUGAACUAAUUAAGAUAACCCUUCGUAUUCCAGAUUAAAAUUAUUAUGCUCCUGCAUCAACAUAUGGGUAAAAGAGGCCAGGAAACUUCCUAACAUGGAUACUGACCCCGCCAAAAUUCCAGACAUGUUCAAGCUAAUGAAGGAAAAAGUUAGGCGCAAAUUUGAUGGAACCAUUCCUAAUAAAAUGAUAACAAGUGAUCCGUAUGUUGCAAUCACAGUCUGCAAUUCUGUAAUUGGGAGGACUUUUGUGAUCAGUAACUGCGAGAACCCAGUUUGGACACAACAUUUUUAUGUACCCAUUGCACAUUCUGCUGCAGAGGUGCACUUUGUAGUCAAGGACAAUGAUGUUUUGGGAUCUCGGAUUAUCGGGGUGGUUGGGAUACCAGUGGAGCAACUAUUGUCAAGUACAAAAAUCGAAGGUACCUUCCCAAUUAUAGACACAAACGGAAAGCUAUGGGAAGUCAGAGCUGUCUUGAGUCUAUCAAUUCAAUACAUCCCAAUUGGGGAAAUGACAAUGUUAAACAGUGGGGUGCCUGGAACAUAUUUUCCACUGCGGAAGGGUGGAAAGGUUAUGCUUUAUCAAUAUGCCAAUGUCCACGAUGGGUUCCUUCCAAAUUUGAGACUCGACCAUGACAUGCAGUAUAAGCAUGGGAAUUGUUGGCGGGACAUAUUUGAUGCAAUUAGUCAGGCACGCCGUUUGAUAUACAUUACAGGGUGGUCUGUAUACCACCAAGUUAGACUUGUUCGCGAAAAUGAUAAAUCAGCAGAAGUCACUCUUGGGGAACUUCUCAAAACCAAGUCACAGGAAGGCGUGAGAGUCUUGCUCCUUGUAGGGGAUGAUCCUUUUUCUCGGAACAUUCUUGGUUAUCACAAUUUAAGGAACAAAACCUAAUGUGUGCUAUAUUUGGACCAAAAGCGAACUACAUAUGGGCGGGGGCAAAAGAGUACCAAAAUUUUAUUAAGUUAAUAUAGAUUAUUUUGUACUAAAUAAUUAGUAUUUUAGCCCUUUACAAUCUAAACAAUUUUGGUUUCAUAUAGUCAAAAUAUUACAGUUUUUUUUUUUCCCUUAGUUUUUUGAUAGACAAAGAAAUAAGUACAUGGGUGUUUUAGUUAUCCAAAGAAUGAGUACAAAAUAAUUUCGUA